AUCCUUUCCUUCCUCCUUCCUGGAACAGCUCCCUCAAGUCAGAGCUCAACUUGAUCGUUUACAGCUGCCACCAGUAAAGUUGCCCCGUCUCCAGUCUAUUAAUGGCCUAAUUUACCCUAAUUUAUUCUUUAUAAAUACUUGCAGAAGAACUCGGCUCCAUUACUUUCUAGUCCUGAUGAAAGGCAUCUGCCCGAAACGUCGACUGUUUGUUCCCCUCCCCAGAUGCCGCCCGACUCGCCGAGUUCCUCCAUCAUUGUGUGCGUGUGUGUUGCCAACGACCUGCAGAAUAGUUUCUGUUUACGCUAGAGAGAAGGUUGCGUGCAAGUGCUGAAUACAUUGGCGUUACUCUAUAAGAGCGGUUCCAGAAGUUUAGAGGAUCGCAAAGCUGACUCCAUUAUUUUAAAAGAAAGGAAAACGAGAGAAAGCAGGGUAACUGAAGACCCGUUGCAGUUGAAUGCAAGAGGUAUUGCUGGACUUUAUUGCCAAGUUGUUAUAAUCACUGCCAUUCUGUUAUUUGACACGAGUUGUUGUAUGUACUAUAUUUAUUAUUGCUCUGCACUGCAUCCUGAUUACUCUAGGUUUCACGCGAGCAAGGGAUUUAAUUGCACCCUGGUGUAUGAGACAAUGAACUGAAUUGUCAUCUGAGAUUCAGAUGACGCUUGGAAAAUGUACAUGGGUUGAAACUAAAUCAGGGUGGAUUUCAAGAUGAGAACGUUUCCCUUUCUUUUCUCUGCAUGGGAAAACCCUUAACCAAGUCCAACCCUCUGUCACGCACACUGCAAGUUAAAAUGGACGGUCUCUUCCCCAUUUCCGGAAAAGGGCGUCUGAUCUGAAACAUCGACUAAUUCCAUACAGAGACGAAUCCAGUUGGACUCCACAGUGUGUUCUGCAUCUGUUUGAUAUUCUAUUUUUCUGCGGACAGUUAUUGACUAAAGAUCCCUGAAGAAUCCAGGAUUCAAAGGUUUUGUCGGCACUAAAUCAGUGGAAAACCGUCAAUAAUCAAAUACCGUACAGCAGAACAGAACAGACUGUUUGCACUGAAAAUGUAACCACAUCGACGUCAAAUACGUUUCUAACCUGAUACGCAAACUCUCACCUAGAUACUGGAACACUUGCUGCACUUUCCCAGAACAUUGUGUUUCACGUGAACGAAAAGCGAUUGACACCUCAUUUCCUGGACACACGCCACGCAUUUUAUUCCAAGGCACACAUUAUUGAUUUCUCAUCGGGGACGAGGGACUACAGCUGUUGCUACCGCGGGGCCGGGGUUAAUUUCGCUUCGGUUGUAGGACGAAGCGUCACAGCAGAGCUGAAUUCGCCCCAGUCGUGUCAUUUUGUGCCCUGGAAUCCUGCUCCUGAUCGCUGGAAAAGGCUGUCAACCAAGGGAGCCGGAGAUGUCGUUCGACGGUGUUUACUCACUGGACGGUGUGACUUUGGUGCUUCUCUGCGUUGUCACCGCGUUGUUUCUCGUUUAUUUUCGCAAUGGGUCUAAAUCUCACGUAGAGCUCAACUUCCCCCCGGGACCCACUCCUCUUCCGAUCAUCGGGAACCUGCACCUCCUGGAUCUGAAGAAGCCCGACCAAAGUCUCAUGGAGCUGUCUGAGAAAUAUGGUCCGAUCUUCAGCAUCAAGCUUGGGACAAAGAGAGUGGUGGUCCUGACUGGUUACGAAACAGUAAAGGAUGCUCUUAUCAAUCAUCCAGAUGAAUUUGGAGGAAGAGCCCACAUCCCAAUAUUUGAUGAUUUAACACACGGUUAUGGGAUCAUAUUUAGUAGCGGGGAGUCCUGGAAGCAGAUGCGAAGGUUCACCAUGUCCACCCUACGGGACUUUGGAAUGGGCAAGAAAACUGUAGAAGAUAAAAUCAUUGAAGAAGCCCACUUUCUGAUAAAAUUGUUUGAAUCCUGUAAAGGCCAAGAAUUUAAUCCAACCAUUCAAUUAAAUGCUGCUGUGGCCAAUAUCAUCUGUUCCAUAGUUUUUGGUGAUAGAUUUGAUUACGAUGAUGAAAGGUUCAUCGCUGUAGUGAAGAGAGUGAAUAAAAACAUUCAGCUUGCUGGUUCUCCAAUGGUUCAGCUUUAUAAUGCAUUUCCCAUACUGGGAUUUCUUCCUGGAUCACACAAGAAAAUGUUAAAAAAUGGAAAAUUAACGUGUGGGUUUGUCAAAGACUUUAUAAACAAAAGCCGACAGACACUGGAUGCAAAUGUUCCAAGGAGCUUUAUUGAUGUGUUCAAUUUAAAACAGCAGCAGGAAUCAGGUAACCCAAAUACAUAUUUCCAUGAAAACAACCUGAUAUUCACAGUAACCAACCUGUUUGGUGCUGGGAUGGAGACAACUUCAACCACCCUUCGUUGGGCUAUGCUACUGAUGAUGAAAUAUCCGCAGAUUCAGGAAAAAGUCCACGAUGAAAUCACCACCGUCGUUGGUUCUGAGCGGUUUCCCAGAACUGGAGAUCGUAAAAAUUUACCAUACACCGAUGCAGUGAUCCAUGAAAUCCAGAGGUUUGCUAACAUUGUGCCAUUGAACAUCAUGCACUCAACAACAGAGGACGUGAACUUCAAAGGAUAUUUCCUUCCAAAGGGCACAUCAGUGAUCCCUUUGCUAACCUCAGUGCUGUUUGACAAAACUCAAUGGGAAAACCCAUUUGACUUCAACCCUUCCAACUUUCUGAAUGCUGAUGGGAAGUUUGUGAAGAGAGAUGCCUUUGCUCCUUUUUCUAUGGGACGCAGGGCCUGUGCGGGGGAGACCCUGGCCAGAAUGGAGCUUUUCCUGUUCUUUACCAUCCUGAUACAAAGGUUCAGGUUUCAAGUCCCGCCGAACGUUACCAAUCUGGAGCUUACGUCUGCUGUGGGCUUCACCUCAUUCCCAAAGUACCAGAACGUGUGUGCAGUCCGUCAAAAAGUCCACGAUGAAAUCACCACCAUCAUUGGUUCAGAGCGGUUCCCUAGAACUGAAGAUCGUAAAAAUUUACCCUACACCAAUGCAGUGAUCCACGAAAUCCAGAGGUUUGCUAACAUUGUGCCAUUGAACCUCAUGCACUCAACAACAGAGGACGUGAACAUCAAAGGAUAUUUCCUUCCAAAGGGCACACCAGUGAUGCCUUUGCUAACAUCGGUGUUGUACGACAAAACUCAAUGGGAAAGCCCAAAUGACUUCAACCCUUCUAUCUUUCUGGAUGCUGAUGGGAAGUUUGUGAAGAGAGAUGCCUUUGCUCCCUUUUCUAUGGGACGCAGGGCCUAUGCGGGGGAGACCCUGGCCAGAAUGGAGCUUUUCCUGUUCUUUACCAUCCUGAUACAAAGGUUCAGGUUUCAAGUUCCUCCGAAUGUCAGCAAUCUGGAGCUUGUCUCUGGCAUCAUUUUUGUAAACGGCGAAUCCUGGAAGCAGAUGCGAAGGUUCAGCAUGUCCACCCUACGGGACUUUGUGAUGGGCAAGAAGACUAUUGAAGAUAAAAUCAUUGAGGAAGCCGAUUUCCUAAUAAAAAUGUUUGAAUCCCAUAAAGGCCAAGAAUUUAAUCCAACCAUUCAGUUAAAUGCUGCUACGGCCAAUAUUAUCUGUUCCAUACUUUUUGGUGAUAGAUUUGACUAUGAAGACAAGACAUUCAUUGAUUUGGUAAAGAGAGUGAAAGAAAACACCCUGCUUGCUGGUUCUCCUGUGGUUCAGCUUUAUAAUACGUUUCCCAUACUGGGAUUUUUACCUGGUUCACACAAGAAAAUGCUGAAAAAUCGAAAUUCAAAUUCUGGGUUUCUCAAAAACUUUGUAACCAAGAACUACCAGACGCUGGAUGCAAAUGAUCCAAGGAGCUUUAUUGAUGCGUUCAUGUUAAAACAGCAGCAGGAAUCAGGUAACCCAAAUACAUACUUCCAUGAAAACAACCUGAUAGGCACAGUAAUCGACCUGUUUAAUGCUGGGACUGAGUCAACUUCGAACACACUUCAUUGGGCUAUGCUAUUGAUGAUGAAAUAUCCACAGAUUCAGGAAAAAGUCCACGAUGAAAUCAUCACCGUCAUUGGUUCUGAGCAGUUUCCCAGAACUAGAGAUCGUAAAAAUUUGCCGUACACCAAUGCAGUGAUCCACGAAAUCCAGAGGUUUGCUAACGUUGCACCAUUGAACCUCAUGCACUCAACAACAGAGGACGUGAACAUCAAAGGAUAUUUCCUUCCAAAGGGCACACCAGUGAUCCCUUUGCUAACAUCGGUGUUGUACGACAAAACUCAAUGGGAAAGCCCAAAUGACUUCAACCCUUCCAACUUUCUGGAUGCUGAUGGGAAGUUUGUGAAGAGAGAUGCCUUUGCUCCCUUUUCUAUGGGACGCAGGGCCUGUGCGGGGGAGACCCUGGCCAGAAUGGAGCUUUUCCUGUUCUUUACCAAACUGAUACAAAGGUUCAGGUUUCAAGUUCCUCCGAACGUUACCAAUCUGGAGCUUGUGUCUAAUUCAGCCUUCACUUCAAUUCCAAAUUACCCGAACGUGUGGGCAGUUCAUCGCUGAGCUGCAUUUUAUGACUUCUUUUGAUAUUCUCCUUUCAGUAUUUUCAUAAUCACCAUAAAAACAUGUAUCUUUAUGUGAAAUAUGAUAUUUGUCAUGGGGCUGAAUUAUAAAGGAUAAUCAAUAGUGGCUUCUUAACCUCAGUCAAAUCAUCCUGCAAAUUCCUGAGAUUGAAAUGCACAAAAACUGGGGAAACUCCAGAGUUCAG